AUGGGAGACGAGUCUUACCCAGAAUGCCGAGCUCAGGAGCUGUUUGACGAGUUUGUGUCGGCGUCGACCUGCAGGGCGACGCUGAGGUCCUUCAGCCAGCUGUGUGACCAUCUGCAGCUGGACCAGAGCGCCGCCGAGAGGCCUCUGUACCGGACCAUCAAGUGCCGCCUCAACUACUGGAGGGCCAACGCUCUGUGGGCCAAACUGGACCGAAGGGCCGGCCAGCAGGAGUACCAGAGGGCCCGGGUCUGCAGCAACACCACCUGCGUGAUUAUCGGGGCGGGGCCCUGUGGUUUGAGGACGGCGGUGGAGCUGAGCUUCAUGGGAGCUCGGGUGGUGCUGCUGGAGAAGAGAGACUCCUUCUCCAGGAACAACGUGCUCCACCUGUGGCCCUUCACCAUCCACGACCUGCGGGGCCUCGGGGCCAAAAAGUUCUACGGGAAGUUCUGUGCCGGCUCCAUCGACCACAUCAGUAUCCGUCAGCUGCAGCUGGUCCUCCUGAAGGUCGCCUUACUGCUGGGGGUCCAAGUCCACGUCAACGUGGAGUUUAAGAACCUGGUGGAGCCGCCGGAGGAUCAGCACAGGCACAAGGUGGGCUGGAGGAUGGAGGUGAGUCCAAAGUCUCAUCCUCUCAAUCAGCUGGUGUUUGAUGUCAUCAUUGGAGCAGACGGACGCAGGAACACACUACCAGGUUUCAGGCGUAAAGAAUUCAGAGGGAAGCUGGCCAUCGCCAUCACAGCCAACUUUAAAAACAGAAACACCACCGCUGAGGCCAAAGUGGAGGAGAUCAGCGGGGUGGCUUUCAUCUUCAACCAGAGGUUCUUUCAGGAACUACGGCAGGAAACUGGGAUCGAUCUGGAGAACAUUGUGUACUACAAAGAUGACACUCACUACUUUGUAAUGACGGCAAAGAAACAGAGUCUGUUGGAGAAGGGGGUCAUCAUCCAGGAUUUUGCAGACACCGCGCAGCUCCUCUCUCGUGGGAACGUAGAUCAGAAUGCGUUGCAAGCAUAUGCCCGCGAGGCAGCCAACUUCUCCACCAAUCACCAGCUGCCAUCGCUGGACUUCGCCAUAAAUCACUACGGUCAGCCGGACGUCGCCAUGUUCGAUUUCACCUGCAUGUACGCAUCAGAGAACGCCGCAAUGGUUCGUCAGCGACACGGACACCAGCUGCUGGUCACACUUGUGGGGGACAGUCUGCUGGAG